UUUUUCAAACUGAAAUUAGUUUCUUGUCCUUUUGUUCUUUAUACCACUUUCAAUCUUACUACUAUACUCUGUAGCUUAAUCUUCAAUACGGUUUCUUGUUUGAAUUUCAUUGGAGAUGAAUAGAGCAAAAUUAGAAGUAGGAGAACUUUCAAGUUCUUUGAUACAUAAAGAGAAGCCUCGGGAUGGAGUUGUACAUGGUUUUUCGGGUGAAGAACAAGAUGGAAUUAAAACUACUUCUUCUGCAACAACCAUGGUUGUUCUCAGCACCUCUGUUGCAGUUUGUGGAUCUUAUGUUUUUGGGACUGCUAUUGGAUAUUCAUCUCCUGCUCAGACAGGAAUCACAGAUGACCUAGAUCUCUCUGUGGCUGAGUAUUCCUUUUUCGGUUCAAUAUUGACGAUUGGAGCUAUGAUAGGUGCAGUAAUGAGUGGGAGACUAGCAGAUUACAUUGGUCGAAAACGUACGAUGGGUUUCUCGGAGAUAUUCUGCAUAAUAGGAUGGCUUCUGAUACUAUUCUCCAAGUCUGCUUUGUGGCUUGACUUUGGACGAAUGCUGGUAGGAUAUGGGAUGGGCCUCCUUUCCUAUGUGGUUCCUGUAUAUAUUGCUGAAGUUACACCCAAGGAUAUUCGAGGAGGAUUUACAUCAGUCCAUCAGCUGAUGAUUUGUUGUGGCGUGUCGAUAACUUACCUCAUAGGCGCGUUUGCCACCUGGCGCACUUUGGCUCUAAUAGGAACUAUUCCAUGUCUUAUACAGCUUCUGGGUCUAUUCUUUAUCCCUGAGUCACCAAGAUGGCAGGCAAAGAUAGGUAAAUGGAAAGAGUGUGAAGCUUCCCUGCAGUGCCUAAGGGGAAACAAUGCUGAUAUUUCUAAUGAAGCAAGUGAGAUAAAAGAUUACACAGAACAACUUCAACGGCUUUCGGAAUCUAGCGUGUUCGAUUUGUUCCAGAAGGACUAUGCUUGGUCCCUCAUUGUCGGAGUUGGCCUAAUGGUACUGCAACAAUUCGGAGGAGUCAAUGGCAUUGCAUUUUAUGCUAGUUCUAUUUUCAUAUCAGCUGGAUUUUCUGGUAGUGUUGGAAUGAUAGCAAUGGUUGUGGUUCAGGUUCCAAUGACGACAUUGGGAGUACUAUUGCUCGAUAAAUCCGGACGAAGACCACUUCUAUUGGUGUCUGCAGCUGGAACAUGCUUGGGUUGCUUCCUUGUUGGAUUGUCAUUUCUCUUGCAGGACCUUCAACAAUGGAAGGAAGUCACUCCUAUUUUAUCACUUGUUGGUGUACUGGUAUACACGGGCUCGUUUUCGUUAGGCAUGGGAGGAAUACCUUGGGUUAUAAUGUCUGAGAUAUUUCCCAUAAAUAUGAAAGGUUCAGCUGGAAGCCUUGUGACAUUGGUUAGCUGGUUAGGCUCUUGGAUUAUUUCCUUUGCAUUUAACUUCCUCAUGAAAUGGAGCUCAACAGGAACAUUCUUCAUAUUUGCUACCAUAUGUGGCUUAACUGUUCUAUUUGUAGCUAAGCUGGUACCGGAGACCAAGGGACGGACGCUAGAAGAAAUACAAGCAUCGAUGAAUCCAGUUUCCUUGGAACGAUGAGUACCAUGUGCUCCUUAACAAUCAAUAAAUCUGUCAUUGAGCAAUUCAUGUACAAUAUUCGAAGUCCUAACUUCAGUGCCAUGUUAGAAUUCAUGAAUUCAAAGUUACCAAGGCUAUACUUUGGUACAUAUGUUUCACCUGAUUAUUGGAUCCAGUUCUCCUGUAGUAGUCUCAAUCCACUGAGUUAUUGCUCGACCAGAA